AUUACUCGGUACAAGCCUCGAAGCCUGGCUUCAGAUAGCCCAUCACUACUGUAAGGGUUGUUGUCUUUUUAAGCAGCUAAAAUUCGUCGGUCGGAUUACAAAGUUGUUAUUCGAUAAACUGAACAAACCGAGGAAGUUUGCGUAGAGUAUAGUAUAGUAAGUGUUGUGUUGUUUUGUGCAGAUAGCAGGUAUCCUUGCUGCAGUCCGUCCACACCUAACGUGCCAGCUACAGUUGGGAGAAAGUGCCAAAGUUCAAUUUGAGUUAUGGGGCUGGUGAUCCGCCGCUACUGUCCCUCAGACAAGGACACGGUGCGGCGCCUGUUCAGUAGUGGCAUCAGGGAGCACAUUGGCCCAUGUUUUCAGAAUGUCAUGACUAGCCCUCUACACCUCACUAUUACUCUGUCUCUGGGUUUGGUUGGCUGCCUCCUGGGCUCUUUGUCUACAGCUCUGUUGCUGCCAGCAGCCUGGGUGGGACUCAUCUACUGCUGCUCCUACGACCUAUUCGCCAGGUAUGUCGCAGUGAAACUUAAGACAGACAUGCAGGACAUUGAUGGGACGUACCUGAGCAGACCGGAUGACUGCUUUUGGGUUGCAGAGGCUGAGGUCGACGGGGUAACGCAGGUCAUUGGGAUGGUGGCUGUGUUGUGUAUAGAAAGUGGGAAGGAGAAGCAUGGGGAAUUGUUCAGAAUGAGCAUCUCACCAAAGUUCAGGCGGAUGGGACUGGGCCGCAGGUUGACUCAGACUGUGAUCGAUUUCUGUAAGGAGCGAGGCUUCUCUAAGUUGGUGCUAGAGACCUCCUCCACCCAGAUGGCUGCUGUUGAUCUGUACAAAAAACUGGGGUUCAAACUUGUCCUCACACACAAAGAUGUAUACUCUCCCUCCUGGAUGCUUACGUUGGUUCAAGUCACCAUUUUAAAAAUGGAAAAACUUUUAUGAAGCUAAAACAGUUUAGGGUUUGCUCAUGUGUCUUACUUUAUACGUCUUAAAGAAAAGCAUGUCUUAUAAAUGGAAGUUUUUCCACUUACGUCAGGCAAAUGCAGUGUGAAUAAUGUGUGACAUCAGAGAAAAAGUAAUGAAAAGCUUUAAUAUAUGAAGGUGAGAGGAUAUAAAAUGACAAUAUUUACAUUAUAUCAGUCAGUCAUUUUUGUUUAAGGGUGGGGAUUGGUUAUAUUAUGCUACUUCAGUCUGAUUACGAUGCAUUAACCAUCAUUACAUUUAGUUGUCUCUAAAUUAGAACUAUUGAAAGUAGUUCUAAUUUCUUGUUUACAUUUGUUAAAUAUUUAAUGCAUGAACAAUUAUCAGUUUUCUUCACUCCACCUAUUGAAUAUUAUUGAGUGUGUUAUUGAUUUGACCUAUUUCCACUAAUUGUU